AUGGUGCGCAACAUCGUUGUCCUGGGUGGCAACUCUCACCCUCGCCUGACCGAGUCUAUAUGUGAACAGCUCGGCAUUACUCCAGGUCAAGCCCUCUUCUCAAAAUUUGCGGUCGGAGAAACCCGUGUUGAGAUUGGUGAGUCAGUGCGAGGGAAAGAUGUAUACAUUGUCCAGUCCGGGGGAGGACCCGUGAACGACUACUUCAUUGAGCUUUGCAUUGCCAUCUCGGCGUGCAAGACGGCUUCGGCUAAGAAAGUCACCGUCGUCCUCCCGCUCUUUCCUUACUCUCGCCAAUCCGACAUACCCUACAACAAGUCUGGAGCGCCCUUGAUCCGCUCAUCCAGCGUCUACAAGCCCAACAUCAACGGCGAAAGUGGCUACUCUUUUGAUAGCGUCCCGUCCACACCACAUCCCGAGAGACAUGAGACCAAUGGCAUCCUGAAUGGCACUAGUCCGCAACACGGUCCGCAACACAACACCCUGCACAGAGCAGUCUCGCGCACUCAGCUCGAAGACAUCGACUCAGGCACUCAACCUCAUCAGAAUCGAUACAGCCACUACAAAGAUCUUUCCAAGUCUGACACAUUGUCCAUCAGAAGUAGGAACAAUUCUGGCACCUUCCCCUCAGGUGUCAAUGCUCACGAUUUCGCGCCCAAUUCAGACAAGUCUCAGGACUCACCCAAUUCCAAACCCGUGCAGGACGCCUUCAAGCCGCGACCUGGCUAUAGGCAAUGGGUGGCGCAAGCGGGCACUCUCGUGGCAGAUCUCCUCACUUGCGCUGGUGCGGACCAUAUCAUCACUAUGGAUCUUCAUGACCCACAGUACCAAGGCUUCUUUGACAUUCCGGUUGACAACCUGUACGGGAGACCAAUGCUCAAGAAAUACAUUCAGCACAACAUCCCUGACUACCGAAACGCAGUCAUCGUCAGCCCAGAUGCUGGUGGAGCAAAGCGAGCUACUGCAAUAGCCGACUCUCUGGGCCUUCAAUUCGCUCUCAUCCACAAGGAACGUCGUCCCACCAAAAUCACAGACCGACAGAAUGCUACCAUGAUGCUCGUUGGCGACGUCGCUGGCAAGACAGCGAUCCUGAUAGACGACCUGGCUGACACGAGUAACACGAUCACACGAGCCGCUAAGCUGGUGAAGAAGGAGGGUGCCAGCAGGGUCUAUGCUCUUGUCACUCACGGCGUGCUUAGUGGCGAUGCUAUUGAUCGGAUCAAUGCCAGUGCGCUCGACAAAGUCGUCGUCACCAACACUGUCGAUCAGACCGAGCACAAGAAGCGAUGUCCCAAGCUGGAGGUGCUCGAGGUUGGCAAUAUCUUCGCCGAGGCUAUCAGACGCGUUCACUACGGUGAAUCGAUCAGUGUACUGUUCCAGUAUGAUUGA